GUAAAAGAUAAGGAGAUGUUUGGAAGAGACGAUUAUGUCGGAAAAGUGGUUUUCGAUUUGAAUGAAGUUCCGACACGAGUUCCACCGGACAGUCCUUUGGCUCCUCAGUGGUACCGGUUGGAGGACCGGAGGGGCCAAGGAGCUGAGAUCAUGAUUGCGGUUUGGAUGGGAACACAAGCCGAUGAAGCGUUCCCUGAGGCUUGGCAUUCGGACGCUUUGUUUGCUCAAGGAGAAGGUGUUUUUAACGUCCGAUCGAAAGUUUAUGUGUCGCCUAAACUUUGGUAUAUUCGAGUGAAUGUUAUAGAAGCUCAGGAUGUUAUUCCGAAUGACAGGUCACGUCUUCCGGAAGUUUCCGUGAAGGUGCAAGUAGGAAACCAGGUUCUGAGAACGAAGAUAAGUUCUGUGAGGACGAUGAAUCCGCUAUGGAAUGAAGAUUUUGUGUUUGUUGCUGCCGAGCCAUUUGAGGAACACUUGGUUCUUACGAUUGAGGAUCGAGUUCACCCUUCGAGAGACGAGGUUCUGGGGACGUUGAGCCUACCGUUGACCAUGUUUGAGAAACGGCUCGACCAUCGGCCGGUUCAUUCUCGCUGGUUCAAUCUCGAAAAGUAUGGGCUCGGUGAAAUGAAGUUUUCGAGCAGAGUACACAUUCGGGUUUGCUUAGAAGGGGGGUACCAUGUUCUCGAUGAAUCGACAUUGUACAUCAGCGAUCAACGGCCGACAGCAAAACAACUGUGGAAGCCGCCCUGCGGGAUUCUUGAAGUCGGGAUUUUGGGCGCGCAAGGGUUGCUCCCGAUGAAGAUGAAAGAUAGGCGAGGGUCGACCGAUGCUUACUGUGUGGCGAAGUAUGGACAAAAAUGGGUUAGAACACGAACAAUUCUUGACACGCUGAAUCCAAAAUGGAACGAGCAAUACACGUGGGAAGUUUACGAUCCGUGCACGGUCAUCACGAUGGGCGUUUUCGAUAACUGUCAUUUGGGAGACGAAAAACCAGGUACAGGGCGAGACUCGAGAAUCGGGAAGGUAAGGAUUCGGUUAUCGACUCUUGAAGCUCAUCGAAUAUACACACAUUCGUACCCACUUCUCGUACUCCAUCCCUCCGGGGUGAAGAAGAUGGGUGAGCUCCAACUCGCUGUUCGGUUCACCAACUUGUCGCUAGCCAACACAGUUUACAUGUAUGGCCGCCCUUUGUUGCCCAAGAUGCAUUAUCUGAACCCACUAACGGUCAACCAAGUCGACACUUUACGGUACCAAGCCAUGAACAUCGUGGCGGUUCGGCUUGGUCGAGCCGAACCGCCUCUUCGAAAAGAGGUGGUCGAGUACAUGUUAGAUGUCGAUUCUCACAUGUGGAGUAUGAGAAGAAGCAAAGCAAACUUCUUCAGGAUCAUGUCAUUGAUUUCGGGUUUAUUUUCCGUGAGCCGGUGGUUCACCAACGUCCGAGAAUGGAAAAACCCGAUCACGACAGUCCUCGUUCACAUUUUGUUUUUGAUCCUAUUAUGGUAUCCCGAGCUCAUACUUCCUACCAUUUGUCUCUACAUGUUCUUGAUCGGUCUCUGGAACUACAGGUUCCGAGCCCGCCACCCGCCUCAUAUGGACCCAAAACUCUCGUGGGCCGAGGCGGUGCACCCUGACGAGCUCGACGAAGAGUUCGACACUUUCCCGACAUCAAGACCGCCGGACACGGUUCGGAUGAGAUACGACCGGAUCCGAAGCAUAGCCGGGAGGAUUCAGACUGUGGUGGGAGAUGUGGCUACACAAGGAGAGCGACUAGUGUCAUUGCUUAGCUGGCGAGACCCUCGAGCCACUAGCCUCUUUGUCAUUUUCAGCCUUUGCUCCGCAGUCGUUCUUUACAUGACUCCUUUUCGGGUGGUCGCAUUAGUGGGGGGAUUGUACACAUUACGACAUCCUAGGUUCCGAAGCAAGUUGCCUUCGGUUCCCAGCAACUUCUUCAAGAGACUGCCUGCUCGAUCGGAUAGCUUACUAUAA